AUGGAUUGGCUCGUGGUUCCAUCAUUUGGGAAUGCACAUUACUUGGGUUUAGACCCGGUCACCGACUACUCGGCAGUACUCGACCGGGUACGGGUUGAACAGUGCCUUUUGAAAAGACCCGGCAGACCCGACGCCGGGUUCGGUUAUACCGGGUUGGUUGCCGGGUCAGGCAAUACUCGACCCGAUUGUCCCGGUCGAAAGAAACACCAGAAACAACUCGGAAGAAUCAUUGAACACCUUCAAGAAAUGUACCCCUUAAUGAACUAUGUUAUUUGUCUAUCCGUGGUGGCCAGCGUAUUAAUUCCAACAACGUUAGGACAACCAGUCGAUCGCCAAGUGAUCUGGCUCACCGAAGAACCAUUGCAUGGCUGUCAGAUCGUUACAAUCGAUCCGACAACUCGAUUUCCGUGGAAACCAGAAAAUGAGGCAGUCAAUAAUCCCUUCGCACCAGGUUCAUCAAACGCCGCUGAAACAUCCAGUUCGACCGCGCGUCCCGACCCUACACCGUUAUUUAACUUUGUCGGUAUGGAAAGUGCUUUCCCCAAUGAUCCACGUCCCGAUACCGUCCGCAUACACAACCAUUCUGGCCAAGAUCUCUGGGUUUGGACUAGAGCGGCCACCGUGAAAGAGCGUGUCAAUGCCAACUGCGAACGCAGUAUAAGAUUAGAUCUAUCGUUUCCGUACUUGUUAGCCGCCCCAUGCGAUAUUGAUCGUCGUGUUUUACAACAUAGUACAACGUGGAAAAUCGUUGCCAAUGAAUUGGGUCUGGAAGAGAAGACCUCAGGCUCAAGUUGCAAUUGUCUGUAGCCCUCGCAGCUAGAAGGAACAACAAACUUAACAGCCUGAAAGCUGAAAUGAUCUCGACGUCUUGACUUUUGCGGAAUACUUGAACCUGUGAUUGAUUUAAUGUUCUCAACUGACCUUAGAUAUGUUGUGAAAUGAUUCGC